AUGCCGGGUGGUGGUGGCGGCGAACGGAGGCAGGAGGAAGAGCAGGGGGGCAACCUGUCUCCGCAAGAAUCCACGAAGACCGCUGCCGAGAAGGACGUUGUCGCCCCACGGAGUGUCCCGGAGGCUGAGGUCGCACGGCUGCUGCAGGAGUAUGAUGGGACGCCCCUGACGGGGCCGGAUGUGCGCCAAAUGAGUGAAUGGUCGCAGUCGCGCAGCACAAGCGUCCCCGCAAAAUUCUCUACUCUCACGGCAAAUUCAGUAGGAGCAGGUCACUUGGACAGUGAGGCUCGCUUGCGCAUGAAGUGGGGCACCAUUCAGAAGGACUGCCCGUUUUGUCUACGGAGCCCGACCCUACAGCUGGGGAGUCCCAGUGUGAAAAAUAGAACAGAACCUUCCACGAACUCCUUUACACGUUUGGGCACCCCAACGUCAUUGAGGGCCAGCGCGGCAGCUUUCUUAUUUACGCUGAAUGCACAGGAGAGUCUGCGAAAGUCACCGCCUCUGGAAGUGGUUGCCUUCUCACUAACAGCUGAGGAAGAAGGGGGAAUGGCCGUACUCUCUAGCGCGAUUGCCGUAGAGGGCAGGAGUAAAAGCUUGACAGAGGCUCAAGGGGAGCCUAUGCGAAUUAAUUCUGUAGCAACACAGGCGGCAGAGCCGAUCGAUUUAAAUGCAUCAGGCGCUUCUUUUGGUGCAUCACGAUAUGCGCAUGCUGUAAAUGAUUUUGGGGGGCGAUAUACUCCCUUGCGUGAGAGUGUUGGCACCUCUGUAACAGGGAGCUCUGGGCAACGGAUGAGCAAGAAUCAUUCUACUAAGGGAGAUGAUAUCGUGUCGAAUAAUCCAAACAGUGAUCGGUCAUUUGCUUUACUGAGUAAUAGAAACAAUGAAGAUGUGGACUCCGCGAAAAAUGAGGUCCGUUAUGAAUUAAUGAGACUUCGGGAACACCCUGACAAUGAGGGCAGUCAUGAGGAUAAUAGGAUUGAUACUGAAGAUGAAAGUGGCCUUUGCUGCAGAUGUUGCGGGGUCUUUUCGUGUUUUUCAGGAGGCAUGGAUUUGAGGACGACAUCGUUGUUAGCGUAUCGAAAUGUUGGCCAGCGGGAGGAGGAGGAAGAGGAGGAGGAGGAGUAUACAGGGCGACACUCUGGCCGUCAAUGUAAGCUUUGUGGGGCAGUGAUUCGUUCAUUUAACUUUAUGAAUGUCUUCAUGGGGAAUCUUCCUGUGGCCUCGCAGCUUUUUUGCAUUAUGAAUUAUAUCGCCAGCACACUUGUGGUACUCGCAUUAUCUCUUAUUUUGAUAUGCCUGUGGGAUAAACCCGUCACUCGCGUAAGUGAUGACUCGGCAUGCCGUGGGAUUAUUGUGCCCGGCAUUUUCACACCAGAAAUCUCCUUUAGCAUUGCCUUUUUUCUUUUCAAUGCAUUACUGGCAGUCUGUUUUUCUAUCCGGGCCGUACGAUAUGAGAACUCUGGUUUGUUGGUAUGUCACUUUAUCACUGUGCUGCUUCAUUUUUGUCGUACCAUUCAUUUUGUGUUUUUUACGAGCAUCGACAGGCUUUCGGGGCAGGUGUUUCUAUACAUUCAAUUCCUAUUUGGUGUGAGUGCCUUCUUAUUUUUGGCCUCCUGUGGCACGUACCCAUGGGUGCAUAUGUCGUUUGGAUGGCGAACGUUUAUGAAGGGUAUCACUCGGUCCGUUUUACUGAGACGUCACAGGCGAAAAAUGUUUAUAGAAUCCUUUGUUCAACUUGAUAUCUUUAGCACGAUUAGCAGCGCUUUUACUGUGGUCUACAUGUUAGACAGCGAUCUGGAGCAAAUGAUAGGAUUGACAGUUGCGGUACUCUCUUGUGCGACGGCCAUGCUUUACCUGGUGAUGCUUCGACGUCGUUCAAUGUGGUUUCUUUCCUUCUUUUCAGUAAUAUUUGCAGUGUCAUUUGUGUUUUAUUGUUACGUUAUUAGCAGCGCGGUGGAACCUUACUUGUUGCGGGGCGCAGGAGCCCACUUUGAGGUGAGUCAGUGUUACAGUCCAAAACUCUUUUACUGCCUGGAAGAUCUUGAUGCUGAAAUCAUAUCCAAGAGGAAUCUGACGAAAUACGUGGAGAAUAAAAGUAAUGGCAGUAGCGACGGUUGCUCUUCCUUCGUUGUAUAUCGCAGCGAAUACUUCAAAGCUCAUCCCCGCGAGAAUAAGAACUGUCAGUUAACAUGGCAAGACUACUUUAGCGAUGGUUUUACACACUGCUGUGAGGUGUAUGGCCAUUGUCGCCUGAAGGAUGCUGUGCGAAGUUACACUGUGGUGCAUCUUUCGGUGCUGGCCAUUAUUUUGUGGACGGUGCGCGUUAUUCUCGUUUGGCUGUGGGUCCGCUCCAUGAAGGAGGACGAGGAGGAUGCCACGAGGAUGUGGCAACAUCCCAAUUCGGAUACAUUUGUACCUCCUGCGCUGACAUUCCCUUCUUUCGCCGUCAAUGGACCCGUGUCCACCUGA